UGCAACAGAAAAAAUGAAUCUCUUAUCGAUCCAUUCAAAACGAAACGCGGAAUCGUCGCUGUCAUGUAUUUUGAUGUUAAUGUUACGCAGGUUUUCCAGGAGCAGGAGUUCACUGAUCUGCCGAGACAUUUGAAUUUCCUUCUGAACGAUGCCAACUUAGCCGCAAAUUUAGAAAUAGAAAAGGCUGUCUGGCAUAAAUCUUGUCGUUUGGGCUAUGCAAAUAGUAAAGCUGAAAAGCUUAGAUCCAAGCAUCGCAAAUCCGAGCCUGUUCCUGACAACCAUGAAGUUCGAGAUGUUGAUGGAGAUUCAAAUCGUUCAGUUAACACUGUAGAGGUUCCACAACCCGAAGUGGAAGUUGAUAAGUUCAAGUGUUUGUUGUGUGAUAAGGAGGAUUCGAUUUCAAACCUGCAUUCGAUGACAAGUUCAGACACUAGUAAGAAUAUUCACGACUCUGCAAUCGUGGUGAAUAACUGCGAACUACUGGCAAGAGUCGAAGCAGGCAUCAUGUAUCCAGUCAACACUAAAUACCAUUUAUCCUGCAUCACAAAAUUGUACAAUGACGCCCGUAAAAUUCGCAGCCAAACUACUCCUAAGAAAGGUUCGUGGCUUGAAUCUGUAGCUUUUGCGGAUCUCUGUGAUUAUAUCAAGGCAACUAUUAAUCAAAAUGAUAAAGUGGUCUUACCACUCUCUGAAUUGUAUGAACUGAUGGUGAAAAGAAUGCAAGACCUUGGGUCGUCGUACUCAAUUCACAAAACGCGAUUGAAAGAAAAGUUGGCGGAUGAGUUUCCGGAAUUGGAACUGACAAAGUGCGGAAAAAAAUCAUAUUCUUCCGGAAUGCAUUCCAAACACACCAUGGAAGCGACGAUGACGAUGCUAAAGUUCUGUUACUAGCAUCAAAAAUUGUUCGGGAAGAAGAAUCCAAAAGAAUUUCGAUAGACGACGUAAAUCAAAAGAGUUCGGUAAACCAGAAAUUGCUGACGUUAGUCAGAUUAAUUCUUGGGGGUUCUGGGUCAGAAUUUUCAGACGAUGACAAUCCUCAACAGGUGCUGACAAUCGCACAAUUAAUAAGAUUCAACAUGUCAAAGAAAAACAGAAAUUCGAAUGUCGUCAGACAUGGUGUUGAGCAGGAGACGCCUCUAGUUCGCUACGUAGCGAAUUUACUUCAUCACGAAAAAAGGUAAAUAUCCUAAUUUCCAAUAUUGGAAUUCAGUUUUAAAGCUGGAACGAGUACUAUUCAUGUUCGUUCGUGCGGUACGAGAAUCAAAUUUUGAUCUGUACGUAGGGGAUAUGGUUGAGGCUACGAAUUGGAUUUUUGUGCUAGAUCAUACAAAGUACUGCAAAUGGAUCGUCGUUCAUAUCGAGGAGCUUAAGAAUCUGAAGACAACAUUUCCAGAUGUUCAUACAGCAUUCAGUAAAGUUCAUAGGAAUGUUUGUCGUUCAAAAAUCGGCAAAUAAGUUCUCAGCGAUUGGAAUCGAUCAUGCUCACGAACAACAAAAUGCUAUCAUUAAAGGAGACGGAGGUGCUAUUGGUCUUACAGAUAACCCGGCCUCUCUUCUGCGAUGGAUGGUAGCAGGCCCUGAGGUAUCACGUCUAAUUACCUCAUUCGAGGAGCAGUGAUCCACAAUGCCUGGAAACAAACACACAAACACCAAACAUCACUCACAAAACAAAGCAGAACAGAUACGAUUUAUGACUGACGUGACUUCACUAUUAAGUACGAUAGAACAGUACGGAAAUCCGUUCGAGGACGAAAGUCCUUACUUGGUCACUCUAGUGUCUAAGUCCCAAUUAGAUGAACAAGCAACACAAACUGUAAAACGCCUAGCAGAAAUUGGGAAAAUCCAGUACAGCGAUUUUUUAAGCAAACGUCUGCAGUCGCAUGAAAUUAAUUUUUACGAGCCGGUAAAGAUGAACAAACUGAACAUUUUCAAGGAGCAGUCAGUCCGCAAAGUGUCUGCUUUAACGGUAAAAAAUAAGAUGCUACGAAAUGACUGUGAAUUAUUUUCGAGACUCUAUCUCGGUGCUACGAAUCGUAAAGUCGAUCUCGAUCAAUUUUUCAACUAUGAAAAUCAGCCGUUUCCUCCAUCUAUUUCAAACAAUGGGCACUUGAGGAAUGGACCAAAGUCAAAUAUUGUCGACUGUCUACGGGACGAAUAUCAAGAUGCAGAUCUCGAAGAUUUAGAUUAUGGUAGUCAUGAUGAUGCUACUGCUUUUGUUGUAGAUGGAGCAGUCAUCGUUCACUUUAUCAACUCAACUGGGGCUAAGACUUUCGGCGAAUAUUCUUCCAAAAUUCGAGACUAUUUUCGUCCGUUUACUCAAAAGUAUCAAAGGAUUGACAUUGUAUGGGAUGUUUAUCGAGAGAACACUAUUAAGCGACAUGCGAGGGAAAAACGAGGAACAGGUCGAAUACAAAAGGUUGCGUCGGCAUUGAAACUGCCCCAGAAGUGGGUCGAGUUUUUGAAAGUUGACGAAAACAAGAACCGACUCUUUAAGCUACUUGCUCAAGAUAUUGUCAAAAUCGAUGCUCCAGAUUGUCUUAUUGUUACAAAUGUCGAACAAAAUGUUUUAACUUUGAAGGAGCAUGAUACUUCACGAAUAGAACCAUCCAAUCACGAAGAAACUGACACUCGACUGUUUGUACAUGUAAAGGAUGCGGUGCUAGCUGGUCGUAAUUCGUAUGUACUACCGAUAGUGAUGUCGUAGUGCUAGCAACAGCUUUUUACGCUGGUACAGAACAGAUCCAAGAGUUAUAUGUAGCAUACGGGACGAAGAAACAUUACAAGUUCAUUCCAGUGCAUUUAAUUGUCAGAAGCCUGGGAAUAUCGAGAUCACUCGCACUGCCGUUUUUCCAUGCCAUAACUGGUUGUGACACGGUCUCCUGAUUUUUCGGUCGUGGUAAACAGAUGGCAUGGAGCAUAUGGAAUCUUUUGGGAGAUGACCUGACCACUGCGUUUCUCAACAUCAAAGACGAUUCGUGGGACGACAUAGAAAACUCCAACAACUUUAAAGUUAUACAAAAGUUUGUCGGUAUGCUGUACGACUGUAAAUAUUCAGAGAGUACUCAU